GAAUUGAAGUGUUAGUUCAUAAACAAUCCCUAGCUUUUAUUUCCCUUUCUAUCUCUAUCUUUUAAUGGGUUGUGUCAGUGAGAAUCGUUGGGAGUCGUUUCCCGAGAUGCUUUCAACUGGGCUAUCCCUCAACGAAACAGAAGACGCACUUGAGUCUGUACAGUUCCCUUUCGAGAAGGUGUUCCCGGUCUAUGCAAUGAGCCUUACCGAGCCCCAAACCGAUUCUAUUGUCAAAUCGGAUCACGACCCAAUUUGGGAUGCUGUGCGAGAGGAGACCAAGUUGGAGGCAGAAAAGGAGCCUAUUUUAAGCAGCUUCUUGUAUGCGAGUAUCUUGGCACAUGAUUGUUUGGAACAAGCUUUGGCUUUUGUUCUUGCCAAUCGUCUACAGAACCCUACACUCUUGGCAACUCAACUGAUGGAUAUAUUUUCUCAUGUUAUGAUACAUGAUAGGGAUAUUCAAAGAUCAAUUCGCCUGGAUGUACAGGCAUUCAUGGACAGAGAUCCUGCUUGUUUGUCAUAUAGUUCAGCAUUACUCUAUCUUAAGGGAUACCAUUCUCUUCAGUCAUAUCGAGUAGCUCAUGCCUUAUGGAAGCAAGGGCGAAAACUGUUGGCACUGGCAUUGCAAAGCAGGAUUAGUGAGGUUUUUGGAGUUGACAUACAUCCAGCUGCAAAAAUUGGAGACGGUAUAUUAUUGGAUCACGGGACUGGUGUUGUUAUUGGUGAAACAGCGGUUAUAGGCAAUCGUGUUUCAUUGAUGCAUGGAGUGACAUUGGGUGGGACUGGGAAGGAAACUGGUGAUCGCCAUCCAAAAGUUGGUGACCUUGCACUACUCGGUGCAUGUGUAACUGUACUUGGGAAUAUAAAAAUAGGUGAAGGUGCAAUGGUUGCUGCCGGUUCACUUGUAUUAAAACAUGUUCCUCCACAUAGUAUGGUAGCAGGUACACCGGCACAAGUUAUUGGAUCCAUAGAUGAGCAAGAUCCAUCUUUGACAAUGAAUCACGAUGCUACCAAAGAAUUUUUUAAACAUGUAGCUGUUGGAUCGAGAGAUGGAAGAUCGAAAUGAGCCAUUGGAUGAUGAAAACGAAGAUGGGGGGAAUUGAUGUCCACUGCCGGUUGCAAUUUGUUAAAUGGUUGUAGUUUGUCUGCAAGACAAAUAAGACAGGAAUCUACAUAAUAUAGGAAUAUGGGUCAAUUGAUAUUACUUUGCCCCAUGAAAUGACGUCACUGUCACUAAUCAGACAGCACAAAAUUUAUGUUCUUACAACACUAGUUGUGUUGGGUUGGGAUAUCAUGCAGUGCACUGAACAAGAGUUUCUUCUUUAUUCAUUUCGAAGCCUGAGUUUCUUCUUGAUUUUUUUGAGG